GACGCAAGUCAAAGACCGACGAACAAUUUCUGCGACUUGAAGUUCUCACAUGUUCUGCUGUGUGAAGCAGCUAAAAUCAGUCUGAUGAAGCUGGAGUUGUCUCGAGUGGUCCAGGGAUGCCGCCUGGGGGUUUUGACUGGUCUGGGGAAAUUAGGACAACACUCACUAGAGGUGCCCGGCUGUCUCCUGUACACCCGCUGUGCCACUGUUCCACAUCUGACCCAGGACACAUUACUAACCUUGAGCGACCUGCCAGCCGUCACACAAGUGUCUGUGGAUAGCCUUGCAGAGCACCAAGAAGUUCUGGAGGAGUUCAAAGAGGGUGUCAGAAAGUUUGCAGGUCUUCGUGAUACUGUGAUUUUCUGCUCUCUUCAUGAUUCUGCGAGCCCCAGUCCUGCCGGUCACGUCACCAACAAGACAGUGUCGGUGUGGGGCAGUGGUGGAAGGAUAGAGCUGACGGCGGCUCGGUUCAUGUCGAUUCAGGCUGCCGUCCAGCCCGACUGCUAUCAGAGCAUGGCAGACGGAGAGACCUGGCAGGCCAAUACAUCUCGCAAGAGAGUCCGCAAAGCAGUGGACAGGACUCUGGCCCAUCUGGAUGAAUGUCUGGUCCUGCACCAGAAAACUCAGGAAUUAAAACAUGCUGAGAUAUUUGGGGUUGUGGAAGGUGGAGAUAUUUUGGAAGAGAGGCUCCGCUCAGCACGGGAGACUGCUAAGCGUCCUGUGGGUGGAUUUGUCCUGGAUGGAUUUCAUUCUUCUGCCAUGGACCAGGAUGUGAGAGCUCAGCUGAUUCAAGAAACUUCUGCAGAGCUUCCUCAGGAAAAACCCAGACUGGUGCUGGGAGUGGGCCGUCCUGAUGAGGUCAUUAGCUGUGUUGAAGCUGGAGUCGACCUGUUCGAGAGCUUUUUCCCCUUCCAGGUGACGGAGCGAGGCUGUGCCCUUUCAUUCAACUACACUAUUGAUCCUGACCCGGAGACGGCAGGUACAUCAGCCUCUACAGUGUUGGAAUGCAAUGGAGAAACACCUGAAGUCAAAAAGCCGAGUGCAAAUGAAGAUGUGGAAAAUAUGACGCCUUUUGAAAUCAAUCUCAAAGACAAAAGAUAUCGUGAUGAUUUCCGGCCGCUUGUGGAGGGCUGCGUUUGCUACUGCUGUCAGAAGCACAUGAGAGCAUAUGUCCAUCAUUUACUGGUGACCAACGAGCUACUCGCCGGUGUUUUACUCAUGCUGCACAACAUGGCACAUUACCUCGGCUUCUUCAAAGCGCUGCGGGACGCAAUAACCAGCGACCGUCUGCAGGACUUUAAAAACACAGUUCUUCAUCGCAGACAAGGUGAUUGAAAUGAUUGAGGGCAUGAAAAUAGAAAGAACACCUACGUCAGACUAAUCUUUCUGAGUUUGUGCUUUCAUGAAUGUAAAGAUAGAUUCUGACGUCUGUGUUCUUGCCAUGCAGAAUAUCUGACAAAAAAAAGAAGUGCUAAUUUGAGUGACACUGCAAAAGCUUUUAAGAUUUCCAUGACUCCUCUCUGGGUUCAUUUAUGGAUUUUAAAUUUGCCGUCUGUGCCAUCAAAUGAACAAUUUCUUUUAGAAGGAGCAUUAAUAACAGCAGAAAAUUACCUUUUUUAAAGUGCAGCACUUGCUCGAAUUCUUUUCUAAAGCCUUGAGAAAUGACUACCUGCUGUUUUGCUCGGCACACGUUUCUGACGAGUUAUUGGGAAAUGCUGCAUUCAUAUCUAGUUCAUUUUUCACUGUGAUGGUGUUCUAUAAUGUUAUUAUUUAUUAUUUUACUUGAUUAUUAUUGUUUAUAAUCAAUCAAGCAGUUAUGUUACAUCCUUUUAUUUCAUGUGUUUUUAAUGUUUUUUUUUUACCUUAAGCAAAUGUGCAAACCUUUUUUUUUUUUUAAUUUUCACAUUCCUAUUCAUUCUUUUUAAACUUUACAAUAAAUGCACAUCACAGUGCCUGUAAACCUUUU